AUGCCUGACUUCAAGAUCUCCGCCUCUCUUGAGGGCCACGGCGAUGAUGUCCGUGCUGUGGCCUUCCCCAAUUCUAAUGUUAUUCUCUCUGCCUCCCGUGAUGCUACCGUUCGUCUUUGGAAGCUCGUUUCCAGCCCUCCUCCCGCCUACGAUUACACCAUCACAGCCCAUGGCUCAGCAUUCAUCAAUACCCUAGCAUAUCUGCCUUCUUCACCCGCCUAUCCAGAGGGCCUCAUCCUUUCAGGUGGCCAGGAUACAAUCAUUGAAGCCCGACAGCCGAGUAAAGCCGCAGCUGAUAAUGCAGAUGCUAUGCUACUAGGCCAUGGUCACAAUAUCUGCGCUCUGGACGUUUCUCCGGACGGCCAGUGGGUUGUCAGUGGUAGCUGGGACUCAACUGCUCGCCUCUGGAAGGUUGGCAAGUGGGAAGCAGAUGUUGUCUUGAAUGGACACGAGGCCAGCGUAUGGGCUGUCCUGGCUUACGAUAAGGAUACCAUAAUUACCGGCUGUGCCGACCAGAUGAUUCGUGUAUUCAGUACCUCGGGGACACUACUUGGAAGUGUCAGAAACUCUAAUGAUGUCGUUCGAGCUCUUUGCAAGGUCCCCGCUUCGAACCCGACUGGCGCACAAUUUGCAUCCGCUAGCAACGACGGAAUUAUUCGACUUUAUACUCUUCAAGGCGAUCUAGUUGCUUCUCUUCACGGCCACGAGAGCUUUGUCUAUUCGUUAGCUGCUCUGCCAUCAGGCGAGCUUGUUAGCGCUGGAGAAGACCGAACCGUUCGAGUCUGGAGUGGCACCCAGUGCGUGCAGACUAUCACACAUCCUGCCAUUUCAGUAUGGAGUGUGGCAGCUUGUCAAGAAACUGGUGAUAUCGUGACGGGUGCUAGUGACCGUAUUACUCGUGUUUUCAGCAGAAGCCCAGAGCGUCAGGCGGCACCCGAGGUUAUUCAACAGUUCGACGAUGCCGUCAAAGGAUCAUCAAUCCCCGCAGAGCAGGUUGGAAAGGUCAACAAAGAGAAACUCCCCGGCCCAGAGUUCCUCCAGCAGAAAUCCGGUAUGAAGGAGGGUCAAGUACAGAUGAUUCGUCAAGGCGAUGGCAGUGUCACCGCCCAUACUUGGUCCUCUGCGACUCAAGAAUGGAUCGCUGUUGGCACAGUCGUUGAGUCUGCCGGCAGCAGUGGUCGGAAAACAGAGUAUCAUGGACACGACUAUGAUUAUGUCUUUGAUGUGGAUAUUGAAGAUGGAAAACCUCCACUGAAGCUCCCCUACAACGUCUCGCAAAAUCCUUACGAGGCCGCGAAAAAGUUCAUUGAAGAUAACGAGCUUCCUAUCUCCUAUCUGGACCAAGUUGCAAAUUUCAUUACACAGAAUACCCAAGGCGCUACCAUCGGCCAAUCUUCAGAACCAGCCGCUGAGGGUGAAGAUCCCUGGGGUUCAGACCGUCGUUACCGUCCUGGAGAUAGUGCAGCUGCUGAAAACGCACAGCCUCCAGCUCCCGAGCCACGCCCCCAGGUCCUGCCUCAAAAGACCUAUCUAUCAAUUCGAUCUGCCAACCUCAAGGUUAUUGCAAAGAAAGUACAAGACUUGAAUGAAAAGGUCCUGUCAGAAGUGGGCAAGGAUGUUGCCCUGGAUCCAACCGAACUGGAAGCUGUCAUCGCUUUAUCCAAAGAAUUGGAGUCCUCGCAGAAAUUAGCCGAAUCGCCCGUUGUCGAGACUGGCAUUCCAUUAAUUUACAAAAUCGCAACUACAUGGCCUGUCGCUAACAGACUUCCUGGGCUGGAUCUCCUUCGUCUGCUUGCUGCCGCUGCCCCUUUCACCGCGUCUACAGCAUUUAAUGGCGAUGACCUUGUCUCCGGCAUUAUCUCCAGUGGGGUCUUCGACUCUCCUCUUCAUGUCAACAAUGCCAUGCUUACCAUUCGAAUGCUUGCAAAUCUUUUCGAAACGGAUGCCGGUCGGGCCUUGGCCUACAAUAAGUUUGACCAGAUCGUUGCUGGAGUGAAGUCUGCAUUGGUCAACAGUGGAGAAUCGCCAAACCGCAACAUCACAAUUGCCAUCACGACAUUGUACAUUAAUUUCGCCGUCUAUGUUACUUCAGAGGGCAGGGAACAGGCUCCUGAGUCAUCGGAGCGAGGAUUUGCCCUUCUUGAGGAGCUGACGAAGAUUGUUUCUGGAGAGAAAGAUUCCGAGGCUGUUUACCGAGGACUUGUUGCAUUGGGUACGUUGGUGAAGGCUUUAGGUGAAGAGGUGAGGAGUGCGGCCAAGGAAAUCUACGAGAUUAACACUGUUCUCACGCGGGUUUCUGGGUCUGCUUCCGGAAAAGAGCCACGAGUUAAGGGCAUUGUCGAGGAAAUCCGACAGGCUCUUUAG